AUGGACAUAGACGCCUCUUACAGCUUCGGUCGGAGAGGUGAAGAGAUGGAGGAUGUCUGGGACGAAACUUUGAACCUCGAAACCAAAUUCUAUCAGGAAGGCUACGCGGACGGUCAUGCCCAUGGGCAGCUACACGGUCUAUAUGAGGGCCGAGAGCUCGGUCAAGAGAAGGCGUGGGAGGUCUGGGAGGAAGUGGGGUACAUGGAGGGAUUCGCGCUGUUUUGGGUGGACAUGCUGGCUGCGGGCGAGGAUGCUGGGAAGGGCAGAAGCAAGGACGCGAGAGCUAUCAGCCACGCCAGGCAGCUACUAGCGCUGAUCGAAACUUUCCCCACGACCAAUCCUACCACCGCACCGGCUACCUCAGCAACCGCUACUUCAGCUUCAGCUGCUCCGGCUACGCCAUCAUCCUCAUCGGACCAGGCGCCGUCAUCCGAAUCUGCUCCUGCCCUACCGGAUCAAGGCGACACAGAGCCAGAUCUCAUCCUCCUCCUCUCGUCCAUCCGCGCGCGGUACAAGCUUCUCUGCUCCUCCCUCGGCGUCCGGCCCCGCCUCCUCGCUGCAGCUGGCAAGGACGGGUCAUCAGGCGCAGGCGUGGAGAAUGAUGGGGAUGUUCAGGUGGUGGUACAGACGGAAGGAGUGGUGCAGGAGAUAGAAGGGCCGAUGAAGGGGGUGGACACGCGGAUGCUGCGGUACUGA